AACCAAUCAGGCAAACAUGACCGUUAAAGAGAGGAGCGACAGGGUAAAAGGUCAUAUGGCAGUCUCCAUCGUUAGCUCAGGAUGUAAAGAGAGCUGGGUGAGCUGUCACAGGCAACUGCUGAUAAUGGGGGAAACACAGUCAUCUGUUUACUAAGGGCCUGAUUCAAAGCUCAUGAAUGGGAAUCUUUCCCUUGACUGCAGUGGACCCCUAAAUACAACACUUAAAAAUGGAAUUUCAGUCAUGGGCAGGGGGUCUGAAGCUCUCGUGUUGGGGCAGGGUCCUGCUGGCAUUGUACCAAAACGUUACCUGCUAGUGCAGGCCUCCUUGGCAGGAUGAGUUACAGAAUGAUGAGCCAGUGCCUGACGCUGCUGCUGGUUUUCCGUUGGGCUCUAAAAACAGCAGAAGCCCAAGAACAUAGAACCGUUGGUGUGGGGUCUUCAGUGCUGCUGACUGCAUUGCCCACUGAUGAUCAAACAGUCAUAGACCAUAUACAGUGGGAAUACAUAAAUAGCACAGUUUCCGAUAUUGUGGAUUACUAUAGAACUGGAAGCAAACCUACGAUCUAUAAAGCAUAUGAAGAGAGAAUCAUUUUCUAUUCCAACGGCUCCCUCUUGUUGAAAAACGUACAAGAGACAGACAGCGGGACCUACAGAGCUACCAUCAAUUUGAACAAAAUUGAAGCCAGGGAAACUACACUGCUCGUCUUAGAGCCUAUCUCCAAAACUCAGCUACAGAUAAAUUCUACUGUGGCCGGUUCAUCUAUUGAAUUAUCCUGCAAGGUGCUGGUUGGCAAAGUGCAAGCUAUUUAUUGGAAGAAAGAUGGGAAGCCCCUACCCAGGAACAGAUGUUACUGGUUCUCUGAAAACUUCAGUCUUUUGUACAUACCAGAAGCACAGAAAUCAGAUUGUGGAUCCUUUUCUUGUAAUGUCAGCAGUGAUAUAAACUGGCAGGAAACCUCAGUGAAUUUGACCAUUGAAGGUAUCAUGCCUUCACUGAAGCAUGCACUGAAAAUUUCUACUGUUGUUCUUGUUAUUGCAACAACAUUGGCUGCUGGAUCUGGAUUGGGCUUCAUUAUCUUGUGCUGUCAAUCAGAAAAGAAAAAAAUUAGAGAGCUGUGGAGAUGGCCUGUCGUAUUCAUCCAUGGGCUUGUGUGUGUCUCAGCCAUCCUGAUGUUCACUGCCGCUGUCUUCUGGAUAUGGGAAGAAGGUCUCACCACAGCCCUUGUAUUGUAUAUGUUUUUCCUCACAUGGGUGAUCAUGGUAACACUUCUCAUAAGUGUGGUCUUGGCAAUUUGUCCCCAACACCUUGGGAUAUUUAAAAAGAAAACAAUGUACUGCGUCAUUCUGGAUACUGCAGCUCUUGGGGGAGUGAUUCUGGUUGUGGUGUUUGCCAUCUUCCUUAUACAGAACAUCCAGCAACUCCAAAGACAAGGCUGCUCACCAUUUUUUGACAGCAGAGCUGCCACCCUUAUCUCUGCUGCAAUUUCUCUCCUUAUUCUUCUAGUGUCCUUUGUAUGGUAUCACAGGAAGAAAAAAAGCCAAGGAAAGGAUCAGCAAGAAGGACAGCAUGCAGAAGUUUUACAGUCCUUGAAUGGCCAGAGCUGCAGAACUGACCAGCCAGCAAGCAUGGUUGAAGGGACAUCUGAGCCAAAAGUUAACAUAGCAGAAUAAAUUUCAAACAUUUUCAUUGCUUUUCCUAUGUAGGAUAUGUUAGGAUAUAGAUAUUCAGGCCUGUCUGUAAAGGCCUAUACUUUAAGAAUUUAGGUGUGUUCUUAUCACUUGGCUAGUUAUAGAGGUAUAAAAGAAAGAAAGAAUCAAAAUCACUGUCCGAUGGUGUAAGGGCUUUCUCUUACUGUGACAGUCUGAGGCCCUGUUUUUAGGUUAAGGCCUUUGGCUAAGCAGCAGAGGCAGCCAUAAGCUGGGAAGCGAGAGGUCACAUCCUCACAUUCCAAACUAGUCACAUUGAAAUAAGGUGCUAUUGGGCUGUUAGGAAAACAAUCCUGUCCUGAUAGUGCCUAUCACCUCCAGAGAAAGGGAAGUGCCUAGAAGAUGUAAAAGGAAACUUAGUUUGAUAGCAUCCUGUCUGGCAAGAACUCACUUAUCAAUAGCUAGGAUGUGAAAUCCUUAUUUCUGUGUUUGUUCUAUCACUGUAAUCCCCAUUUCCCCAUUGUUUGUCUGUAUAAUCUCUGUCUGGUUCUGUGAUUGUUUCUGUCUGCUGUAUAAUUCAUUUUGCUGGGUGUAAACUAAUUAAGGUGGUGGGAUAUAAUUGGUUAAAUAAUCAUGUUACAAUAUGUUAGGAUUGGUUAGUUAAAUUUCAGGAAAAUGAUUGGUUAAGGUAUAGUUGAGCAGAACUCAAGUUUUCCUAUAUAGUCUGCAGUCAGUCAGUCAGGAAGUGGGUGGGUGGGGGAAAUGGGAACAGGGGUCGGGAAAUUGGAAUCACGUUUGGCUAAGGGCAGGAAUGGGAACAGGGACACAGGUGUAAGGCUCUGUGGUGUCAGAGCUGGGAAUGGGGACACUAAGGAAGGAAACUGGAAUCAUGCUUGCUGGAAGUUCACCCCAAUAAACAUUGAAUUGUUUGCA